CUCCUCCAUCUUCGUUCUCUUUUCCUCUCUUCUCUCUUCUCCGCCACUCUCCCUCCAUGACCAAGUAAUCCACCUGAGCUCUCCUCCAUUGCAGAGCUCUCUCUCUCUCCCUCUCUCUCUGAGUCAUGAACUCCUCUUAUUGCAUAUCUUCCACCAGAAACAGAGCACCAUCCCAGCAAUGUCUUCUUCCUCAUCUCCCCAAGUUCCGGUCCCCUUCUUCACUCGCUAAAGAAACUCACUUCCUCAGAAGGGGAGACACUCCACUUCACCUCAAGAACAGCUCGGUUAGGUUGCUCGGCCGCCCCCUUGCGAGCGUCUCCUCCUUUGUCGAACCCGAACACGAACCCAUAUUCGAGGAAGGCAUCCCUCUCCAGAUCAGCCGCCAUGAAGCCACAGAAGCGGGCACUCAGGAGGAUGCCAUUGACACUUCGGGAAUGGCACGGGCCUUCAACAUCUCCUCACGCUCUGCUUCGGCGAUCUCCGCAUUUAUAGCAUUUGCUGCGCUUUCCCUCCCACUCUUCAUGGGCUCGAUGGCAGGGCCUGGCCUGAAAACACGGGUCCUGUCCUAUGCGACCCUGCUGCUAGGCUUCUACAUGGCUUGGAAUAUCGGGGCGAACGAUGUGGCCAAUGCUAUGGGGACCUCGGUGGGAUCCGGGGCCUUGACGCUCCGGCAGGCAGUGCUGACUGCUGCAGUGCUUGAGUUCUCAGGGGCGCUGCUGAUGGGAACUCACGUCACGAGCACGAUGCAGAAGGGCAUCCUCGUGACUGAUGUCUUCAAGGGAAAGGAUAGUUUGCUCUUUGCCGGGUUGCUCUCUUCUUUGGCUGCUGCUGGAACUUGGUUGCAGGUCGCUUCCUACUAUGGAUGGCCCGUGUCUACCACCCAUUGCAUUGUUGGAUCGAUGGUCGGCUUUGGCCUUGUAUACGGUGGGCCAGGAGCUGUCUUCUGGAGCUCUCUGGUUCGGGUAACUUCCUCGUGGGUCAUAUCCCCGCUUAUGGGAGCACUCGUCUCAUUUCUUGUCUACAAAUGUAUCAGAAGGUUUGUAUACAGUGCUCCAAACCCAGGACAGGCAGCUGCAGCUGCUGCUCCAAUUGCAGUUUUUCUCGGAGUCACUGCAAUUUCUUUCGUCGCGUUCCCGCUCAGCAAGAGCCUCCCAUUAGCGGCAGCCCAGGCCUUGGCCUGUGGGUCUACAGGGGCUUUCCUGGUGAACCGGAUCAUCCGAAAACAGCUUGGCCACCUCCUUAACGAAGCCGCCGGCUCUUCACCAUCAGAAGUGGCGAAGCCCAGAGAAACUCAGCCUGCCAUGGAUCAGAGCAUUGGUUUCCUCGCAAAAGUUGCAGGCCCCAAGGGUACGCAGCUGGAGAUAGUCUACGGGGUCUUCGGGUAUAUGCAGGUCCUGUCUGCUUGCUUCAUGUCCUUCGCCCAUGGUGGAAAUGACGUAUCAAAUGCCAUUGGCCCUUUGGCUGCUGCAUUGUCCAUUCUCCAUGGAGGGGCCAGCGGAGCCAAGAUCGUGAUCCCGACCGAUGUUCUUGCAUGGGGAGGGUUCGGGAUUGUCGCAGGUCUCAUGGUGUGGGGGUACCGGGUGAUUGCUACAAUCGGGAAGAAGAUAACUGAACUAACUCCUACCCGGGGGUUUGCAGCAGAGUUUGCAGCAGCUUCAGUUGUCCUCUUUGCAUCAAAGCUCGGGUUGCCAAUCUCAGCAACCCACACCUUGGUCGGGGCAGUGAUGGGGGUCGGGUUCGCGAGGGGGCUCAACAGUGUGAGGGCAGAAACCGUGAAGGAGAUUGUGGUCUCAUGGGCAGUUACAAUUCCUGUCGGUGCCUUAUUUGCAGUGUUCUAUACUUGGGUACUGACCAGGCUCCUGUCAUGUGUCCUAUGAGGGUCUCUAUAUGUACAUCUUAUAAGGACACGGAAAAAGUAUAGCAUACGAACAUAGCUUACGUGAUUGUUAACCAGAUAUACGUUUCACUAGGUUUUGUAAACACAUGCUUGUAUAGCCUUCGCUUGAGAAUUUUCGAGUUUAGUCUGUCACAUUGUAUGCAGGAAGAUAGAUGAAGAUAAACCGAAACCAGAGGCACUCUACAUGGAAGAGGCAAAGAAUUAAUCGGCUUUUGUGAAUCAAUGCUUGGCUGAGGUAUCAGCGUGAAAUGUUAGCGUUCGAUGAAAUUUCUGGU